AUGGAAAGUCCUUCUAUUACACAAUCAACAGCGCAAGUUGAUGUUGUAACCGACCGCAAGGACGGGCCCAGGAAGCGUCGGCGAGCGACGGUGGCCUGCCGCAGCUGCCGGCAACGCAAGACAAAAUGCGAUCAUAUUGUCCCGGCGCAAGCAUCCGACGAGAUGCUUCGGGGCAUGACCAAAUCUGCACAAGUAUAUAUCCGAUCCUUGGAACGGCGUGUACGCAACUUUGAAGAUAUUCAACGAGAUGCGAAAAAAUAUCACCAAAAUCAGCAGAUGCAACAACAGCCAGCACCUGCUGUUCAGACUAUAUCCCCUGUACCAUCGACUAGUCAGUAUGAGGCGACAAAGAUGCCGCCAACACAGCGACCUAUUCGGCCAACCGGGUGGUCUGCCAGUCACUCCCAGCAGCAGCAGCAGCAACAGCAACCUCAGCAUCAAAACAUUCUUCCAACAACUCCAGAUAUAUUCCUCAGUGGCAAAGCUGGCGAAUCCUUCACCCAGCUCAUACUCACUGCUAUGAACAAUCCGUCAGUCAAGCUCGACGCCCAGUCCUUCUCUUCUCCCCGAGAUGGCUCCGUCGAUGUGAGAGGCUCAGAUAAUCUCUUUUCGCCGCCUGCCAAUGCCCGAGAAUUGCUCCAGAUAUACUUCGACUUCCACCAUGAGCUUACCCCGAUAUUCCACGUUCCCUCCAUUAUGGCCCAAUUUGAACAAGUUCUCAGCAAUCGUGCUUCUUCCGGAAAUAGCGAUCAUGUCUAUAUUCUAGCCAUCCUCAACAUGAUAUGUGCACUGGCCGAGGCUCAUAGUCGACAAGGUCACGGAGAUUCCGAUAUUACCUCUCGCAAAUACUACAAUACGGCAAUGCAGCUGAUGCAGCCCAAUCUGUUGUCAGACUGGAAGAUCGAAAAGGUCCAGGCUCUUCUCCUCGGUGCCCGCUACCUACAGAGCUCUAGCUACAGUGACGAAUGCUGGACGGUCUUGGGACUUGCGAUCCGUAUAGCCUAUGAUCUCGAGUUACACCGGCCACCCGACCCAGAUCAAUUUGAUUGCAUAGAUCAAGAAGUUCGUAAACGUGUGUGGUAUGCGUGCUUCGGCUUGGAUAAAUUACUCAGCAUGAUGUACGGCCGUCCUGCUGCAACUUCCACGACUACAUUCACAACCCCUCCCCCAGAGGAUUUAGACGACGAUUGCAUUCGGCCAAACAGGCUAUUAUUUCCCUCCGUUCACACCACUUCAAGCAUUUCAUUCUUUUUACAGGUCUCCAAACUAUACCGCCUAUUAGAAGCUAUAACAGUGCUAGGUGACCAACCGGCAUUGGCAGACUUGGUCAGACUUGACGAAGAAUUUGAGACUUGGCAAGCCGAAGUGCCUAAUAGGCUCCGGAUUCGGGAAGCCUCUCUACGAGGAGAUGAGGCAGCGCUGAUUCUUGCGCUCCGUGCCAACAUGUGCAUUGUCCUCGGUAUCCAGUUCUUCAGUCCCAUCUACCAAAGGAUGGGAAGGCGGCCGACUACGAACCAGCAUGCUGCAACGGAGUCGGCAGAUCUGUACCAAGAGUGCAAUGGGACCAAGUUGGUUCAACUUAGUGACCUAGUGUUCACUUCCAUCCUCAUCAUCGUGUCUCACGUCGUUGACCCCGAUUUUCAGGAUGACCGGAGUGCUUUGGUGCAUCUAGACCAAGCGGUCAAUAUGAUCCGGCAAAUGUCUGUCAACCAUCUCUGCGCACAGAGAGCUUAUGCGUUUCUGCAGCAAUUACUUGGAGUACUAGAUAGAACUAUGCCAGAAGACAGACGAAGGUCACUUGAGCGAUACAGCACACCCCCAACCGUCAUGACAGGUAGCAAUCGGGGGGCAACAGAGACCGCAAUCUACAGUAACUGCACAACAAUGACAGCAGAUGAGGCGAUGGAAGAUGGCGACGUCGACCUGUGGUCUCUUUGGGAUACCACACAGGAUCUUACAAUGGAUCUAGGCUCUCAACUAGAGCUCCAUUCAUCUCUAGGUUCGGCCACGUGGUCGUGGGGUGUGGAGAAUCCCAGUGCUGAGUCGCUGAUGCAAUCUCCAACGGCUCUUAGCGGAAUCCCCGGAUAA